AUGGCUUCCAACUCAUUCCGCGACUCGAUGAACUCGCUGGGUUGGAGCAGGAGGGAGCCAGAACUGUCCGUGAAUACGUCACCACCCUCACUGCUGGGCAGAAUCCAAAACCUCAACCCAUUUGGAGAAGGGGGCUAUGUUAGACUGCCCAUCACAGAGACAAACCCCGGCGCCCCUCUACCGGCUCCGACAAGGAGAGAAGAGGAGGAAGGCUGGUUUGCGCUGAGUCGGUGGGACCGACUGCUUGUUUUUGGCGGUCUCUUGCUUGCAGCCUUGGCAUUGUUUGCUACCUGCGUCGGACUCAUGUUCACUCCCGUAUUCAUCGUUAGGCCGCGCAAGUUUGCCAUCCUAUGGUCUAUGGGAAGUGUUCUCUUCCUAGGAGCUUGGGGUGUAUUGAUGGGCCCCAUGCAAUACUUCCACCAUCUUACAUCUGGUCCGAGGCUUCCGUUUACGGGUGCUUAUUUUGGCACCAUCGCUCUCACUCUCUACUUCUCUCUCGGCCUUCACAGCACUAUCCUCACCUUCGUCGCGGUCAUCGCACAGCUGAUUUGUUUGGUCUGGUAUAUCGUCUCCUACUUUCCCAUGGGGUCAACCGGGUUGCGAUUCGCUGCGCGCUUUGGAGGAAACCGUGUUGCAGCAUGGAUGAAUGAUUAA